GCGGAUCACAUAGGAGGCGCGCAGGCAACAUCAUGAGUAUUUAGAGGGAAAGGGUAUAGUUACGUCCUUUCCUAUACAAGAACAGUAAAUAUGUCAGGAAAUGGUUAUUUAUUCAAUUUUUGUAACUUUUGAUUUGUGUUUUUUUUGGCUUUGUAAAAAAAAAAAACCCAAAAACAAAACAACGAUCUACAUCAUUAAGGGGUACCGUCCGAAGAGCUUGCGAUAGCGCUCUCUUUCAGCCUCGUAUGCUGUCUGGGUUGCAUUUGAAUUCCUGUUUUGUAAUAGUCAAUAUGUGCUAAUGUCGCUGCUCGUGAAGCGCGUAUUCAUUCAGGUGCAAGCUUAUAUUAGUGAAUGAGAAGGUGUUUUUUCUCUCAUGUCAAAACAAUUAAACAUCGCUUCUGGGAUGCUCCAAGUGGAAUGAUGAACUACCGGAAACAAGGAUGAACAGAAAGAAAGAUAAAGGAUUCGAGAGCCCACGUCCUUUUAAAUUGACCCACCAGGUGGUGUGCAUCAACAACAUCAACUUCCAGAGAAAAUGUGUCAUUGGCUAUGUUGAGCUGACAAUUUUCCCCACUGUGGUCAACCUGAACAGGAUCAAACUUAAUAGUAAGCAGUGCCGCAUUUACAGGGUCAGAGUCAAUGAACUGGAGGCCCCAUUCAUCUACAAUGACCCCACACUGGAGGUGUGCCACCAUGAAUCCAAGCAGAGGAACCUGAACUAUUUCUCCAGUGCCUACACAGCAGCAGUGAGUGCUGUGGACCCUGAUGCAGGACAUGGAGAGCUAGUUAUUAAAGUCCCUUCUGAGCUUUGGAAACAAGGGGAUGAUUUGAAGGUGUUGAAGGUAUACAUCGAGUUUUCCCUGGACCAGCCUAAAGGGGGACUCCACUUUGUGGUUCCUGAUGUGGAGGGGACUAUGGCUGAGAGAGGAGCGCAUGUAUUCUCCUUUGGAUACCAGAACUCUACCAGAUUCUGGUUCCCAUGCGUUGACUCCUACUCAGAGCUGUGUACCUGGAAACUGGAGUUCACAGUGGAUGCUUCCAUGGUGGCGGUGUCUUGCGGGGAUUUGGUUGAGACCAUCUACACCCAUGACAUGAGAAAAAAGACAUUCCACUAUGUCCUUCCUAUCCCCACUGCAGCCCCCAAUAUUUCUCUGGCUGUUGGGCCCUUCGAGAUCCUCGUAGACCCCUAUAUGCAUGAGGUGACUCAUUUUUGCCUACCCCAGCUACUGCCGCUGCUGAAACACUCCAUGUCCUUCCUGCAUGAGAUCUUUGAGUUCUAUGAGGAAAUCCUGACAUGCCGCUACCCUUAUUCCUGCUUUAAGACUGUGUUUGUGGAUGAGGCCUAUGUGCAAGUGUCCUCCUAUGCUUCCAUGAGCAUUUUUAGUACCAACCUGCUCCACAGUGCAAUGAUCAUUGACCAGACGCCGCUAACGCGUCGCUGUCUCGCCCAAGCGUUGGCGCAGCAGUUCUUCGGCUGUUUCAUCUCCAGAAUGUCUUGGGCUGAUGAGUGGGUACUGAAAGGAAUCUCAGGCUACAUCUAUGGCCUCUACCUGAAGAAGACCUUUGGCGUCAACGAGUACCGACACUGGAUCAAAGAGGAGCUGGAUAAGAUUGUGGAAUAUGAACUGAAGAUGGGAGGAGUACUUCUGCACCCAACCUUCAGCGGAGGAAAGGAGAAGGACAGUCCCAUGUCCCAUCUCCAUUUCUCCAUCAAGCAUCCCCACACAUUGUCCUGGGAAUACUACAAGAUGUUCCAGUGUAAGGCCCACCUGGUGAUGAGACUGAUAGAGAACCGCAUCAGCAUGGAGUUCAUGUUACAAGUGUUCAACAAGCUCCUGAGCCUGGCCAGUACAGCCUCCUCCCAGAAGUACCAGAGCCACAUGUGGAGCCAGAUGCUAGUCUCUACACAUGGCUUCCUCAAAUCCAUCUCCAAUGUCUCUGGGAAAGACAUCGGACCUCUCAUCAAACAAUGGGUAGACCAGAGUGCCGUGGUGAAAUUCUUUGGCAGCUUUGCCUUCAACAGGAAGAGGAACGUUCUAGAGUUAGAGAUCCGUCAGGACUACACGUCAGCGGGAACUCAGAAAUAUGUGGGUCCCAUCAAGGUAACAGUGCAAGAAUUAGAUGGCUCCUUCAACCAUACUCUACAGAUAGAAGAGAACAGCCUCAAACAUGACAUCCCCUGCCAUUCCAAGAGCAGGCGUAAUAAGAAGAAGAAGAUCCCUCUGAUGAAUGGAGAGGAGGUUGAUAUGGACUUGUCAACCAUGGAUGCCGACUCCCCUCUUCUGUGGAUACGCAUUGACCCAGACAUGUCCAUACUGAGGAAGGUAGAAUUUGAGCAAGCUGACUUCAUGUGGCAGUACCAGCUACGCUUUGAGAGGGACGUGGUGGCACAGGAGGAGGCUAUCUCGGCACUGGAGAAGUUCCCAACUCCUGCCUCCAGACUGGCACUUACUGACAUUCUUGAACAAGAGCAGUGUUUCUACAAAGUCCGCAUGCAGGCCUGUUUCUGUCUGGCCAAGAUCGCCAAUGCUAUGGUAAGCACAUGGCAGGGUCCGCCAGCCAUGAAGUCCCUGUUUACAAGAAUGUUCUGCUGUAAGAGCUGCCCCAACAUUAUCAAAACUAACAACUUCAUCAACUUCCAGAGCUACUUCUUACAGAAGACGAUGCCAGUUGCCAUGGCUUUGCUAAGGGAUGUCCAGAACCUGUGUCCAAAAGACGUCCUCAACUUCAUCCUGGACCUAAUCAAGUACAAUGACAACAGAAAAAAUAAGUUUUCAGAUAACUAUUACCGUGCAGACUUGAUUGAGGCGUUGACCAACUCUCUGACCCCGGCUAUAAGCAUCAACAACGAAGUCCGUACAGUGGAUAAUUUAAACGCUGAUGUUCGCCUCAUCCUAGAAGAGAUCACAAGAUUCCUUAACAUGGAGAAGCUGCUGCCUAGCUUCAGAAACACUAUCACUGUCAGUUGUCUGAAGGCCAUUCGUCAGCUUCAGAAAAACGGUCAUAUCCCCAGUGAACCAUCCCUUUUUAAGUCCUAUGCAGAGUAUGGACACUUUGUUGAUGUUCGCGUUGCUGCUGUAGAAGCUUUGGUUGACUACACUAGAGUUGAGAGGAGUUCAGAAGAGCUGCAGUGGCUUCUUAACAUGGUCCAAAAUGAUUCAGUUCACUAUGUCAGACACAAGAUCUUGGGCAUGCUAGCUAAGAAUCCACCAUUUACCAAAGCAACAGACUCCGCUCUCUGUAAUGAAGCUCUAGUGGACCAGCUGUGGAAGCUCAUGAACUCAGGUACCUCACAUGACUGGCGUCUGCGCUGUGAUGCUGUGAACCUUUACUACAACCUGUUUGGCCUGACACGGCCCUCCUGCCUCCCUCUACCAGAACUGGGCCUGGUGCUCAACCUGAAAGAGAAGAAGGCUGUGCUCAAUCCCACCAUCAAACCUGAGCCAGGAGUUAGCACUGUCAUAGACACCCCUGCCAGCAUAGGCAUCCACGGUGUUGGCAUGGGAUAUUCGACUGUGGAUGAGGAGCCAGACCCUGUUUCAUUAGGGGUGUGUGGGGUUGGCCAGCCCCCUCUGGGCCUGAAGAGGAAGGCUGAAACCCCUCUCGGUUCUCCUCCAGAGCCAGGACAGGUGCUGCAGCAACAAGAAGAUGACGGUGGUAGACGCUACAAGAUCAGGUUCAACACAAUGGAAGAGGAAGAUAUUGAUAUGGAGACUGUUCACGAUAGCCAGGCCUUUAUACACCAUCACCUCAACCUGCUGGAGAGACCCUCUACACCAGGUAAAGAGCCGCCAUUGGUGGAACAGUCAAUGCUCUCCAUGCCAGCCACUCCUGUGCCCUCCUUCCCGAAGGAGACCACCUCCACCUCCUCCAAGCAUGGAGCAGAACACAGUCACCACCACCACCAUCACCACCACGAACACAAGAAGAAGAAGAAGAAACACAAGCAUAAGCACAAACACAAGCACAAGCAUGAGAACAAGGACAAAGAGAAGGACAGAGAAAGGGAUAACUCACACGCCUACAGCAACAGCCCGGCCAGUGGCAGGUCACUGCGCUCACCGUCUCUGUCAGACUAGAAAUCUUGAAAAAUCAGGUUUUGAAGUGCUGUGUAGUCAUUUUAUGGGAUUGCACCAGAAUUCACAGCCUCCCCUCUUUGGACAUUGUCUUUUGGACAGAUUCUUGCAACUCUUCCCUGUUAGCUGAAUUUAUUUGCUGAUACAGUACAGUUAUUUUAUGUUUAAAAAAAAGAAGAUACCCCUCCCUCUCAUUAUUUUUAAAAAUAACUUUCAAAAGAAUCUACAAAUGUUGGCUGGUACUACUACAGAAAGCUGGUGGGGCAGACAUGAGUGACUUAUGACUUAUUUAGAUUCAUUGACUGUACCCACUAAUGAGCAUUUGCACCAACUUAAUGUGACUUAUUGUCACAGCUGCUAUCAGUGGCUUUUUUGUAAUGACCAAAUCCUGUCCACACAUUACCCUGUAUUUUAAAGAAAGACACUGUUGAUUACAUAUGCAAAAAUUUUGCUAACUGUAGCAGUGUAAAAUAUGUUGUGUCUAGUAGUAUGGAUCACUGCUGCCUGCAAAACAAGCUUGGAGAUAUGUUUUGUUUGAACGUUAAUUUUCAUUUCAACUUGUCCAACUGUAGAAAUACUAUUACCCGCAGUAGCAAACACAAUAGCUAAUGUUAAGGCCAAUUAUCAAACUGGGAGAUGCUCAUUUUUGACAACUGUUUUUAGUAAAAAAAAAAAAAUCCUGCAGCUCAAUGAAAUUUUAAUAAUGCUUUAAUCUUUUCU